AUGGUGCUCGUGGCAUCUGACCACCUGAUCCUCAGCAGAGAGAAGCCCGUCGAGCCCUUGUGGAUCACGUACUACGUUUUCAUGACACUCAACUUCGACAACAUGCUGGUUCGCUUCAUCAGCUACGUGCGUACGAUGGAGCGAGCACCAACGUGGAAAGUUGACGUGUAUGAGCCCACGUCCCCGACCUCGGCGGAUCACGUGCGAAGGUCUGACCACAUCCAGCGCCUAUUUCUGGUCUGGAUACCAGUUGCAUUCGCUAUUUCGCUGAACACCAGUUCCAGGGUGUUCAACAUCUUACCAAUUACUCUUCUGCGCUACGGCUUGGUGACGAACGAUCGUCCUGUUGUGAUGAUGACGCCCAGCGUUGGGCUCCCUCACAGCUGCUGCCCUGCAGAGGCAGUCUGGAAUAGUACCUCGAGUGAUGAAUCGAUCAAAUUCAGCAUUCCAUGUCUGUCUCGGGAUGCACCGGAAGAUCUCGUCGCCGCACCAGUCGUGUAUUGGGUGGCCUGGCCUCGCCGAAGGGGUACUCCCACCAGUCUGCAGGUUCGAGAAGGUCGUGGAGCAGACGGAUCACGAGGGAUAGUGUCAGGGCACGCAACCGCGACUCCCUUGCAGCUCGAGUUCUGGCUGCAGCGACAUGGCUAUGGGGUGAGUCAGGCAGCGGACAUCUUCAACACAUUGACGGACACCAACAAGAGGAUCGGGAUGUAUCACUUUGCAUUCCCCUAUGUGGCCGAGUUCUCCGUGCGGGGCUGGCCAUGGAAGGAGAAUGCAGCGAUUUAUGCAGUCGCCGUGAACAUGGCCACAGGCGCUUUGAGCCCAGAGCCCGUGUCCUCUGACGUGCUCCUUCGCUUUGAUGGGAAGUGCGGUCCACACUGCAUGCGCUGCAGUCACCAGGGCAUCUGUCGGCAGUGCAAGGCCGGCUUCAGACCCGACGGUACAACAUGCGUCCCAUGUGGACCAGGCUGCCAGAAAUGUGAUGCACUUUCGGCUUCUUCCGAGUGCAGUGAGUGCCAGGCCGGCUAUGGCCUGUCGAGCGACGGACGGGGCCGUUGCCUGCCAUGUUCCACAAGGAAUUGUCAAAACUGCAAUGAAAAAGCUGACUCCCAAGCCCAUGAGGCAACCGCUCGAGAACUGCCGUGUCGCUACUGUUUGGAGGGGCAUGGCUUGGCGCCUGAUGGAUCGUGUUUUCCGUGCAAGCAGAAGAACUGCAAGCUCUGUGAUGUAAACCGAUGCAUCCAAUGCCAGAGUGCCUUCGCAAUUGUGGAGGAUGGCAAUGCUACGAGAUGCGACCCAUGCGGGGAAGCAUGCCUACAGUGUGAGAAGCCUGGAAACUGCAGAGCGUGCCGGGACCGCG